CCAGGGGCCACUCAUUCAGCUUAAAAACAGUGUUAGCCCAGGUCUGAGUGGGCGUCACAUCAACAGAGGCUUAAACUAACCCUCAGGCCUAUGGAGAACCAGAGUGUAGAUACAAAUAUCCUGCUGCUGGAGGGUCUACAGGUCACCCCUCAGUCCUCCAUUCCUGUCUUCAUCCUCCUCCUCCUCAUCUACAUCUUCAUCAUGGUGUCAAACAUCGGCCUUUUGAUCCUGAUCUCCAUGGAGACGAGCCUCCACCAGCCCAUGUACCUGCUCUUCUGUAACAUGAGUGUUAACGACGUAUUCGGGGCCACGGCCAUCAUUCCUCGCUUGCUGGGUGACAUUUUCACUCUGCCUACAGAACGACACAUUCACUACAUCGAAUGUGUCAUUCAGGCCUUUUGUGCUCAAUUUUAUGCAGGUGUCUCUCACACAGCACUCAUGAUCAUGGCCUUUGACCGGUACGUGGCCAUCUGUAACCCCCUACGUUACACCACUAUCAUGACCAACAGGAUGGUGGUGAAGCUGUCGGCGUUGGCCUGGGUGGUCAUUUUUGUUAUGGUGUCCAUCCUGGUGGGCCUCAGCAUGCGCCUGUCACGCUGCAGGCGGACUAUUGCAGGCCCGUUCUGUGACAACGCCUCCUUGUUCAAGCUGUCCUGUGACAACAUCCUCAUCAACAACAUCUACGGGCUUGGCUACACAGCCGUCCUGCUAGGCUUGCUGGGGCAGGGAUUUGAACAACUUUAG